AUGGGCACAGGGGAUUAUCUCUGCAUUGCUAUGAGCGGAGGGGCACCGUGGGGCUUCAGGCUGCAAGGGGGCAAGGAGCAGAAGCAGCCUUUGCAAAUCGCCAAGGUUCGCAGCAAAAGCAAAGCAGCCAAGGCUGGACUGUGUGAGGGGGAUGAGGUGGUGUCUAUCAAUGGCAAGCCUUGUGGAGACCUGACCUAUGCUGAAGUCAUUGUUCUGAUGGAAAGCCUGACUGACGUCCUGCAGAUGCUUAUCAAGAGAUCCUCUAGUGGAAUAAAUGAAACCUUGAACACUGAAAGAGAAAAUGGGAAGCACGAGAACAUAAAAAUUGAGGACUAUGGGGAGAACACCACACUGCAAAUGAACACAGAGCAAGAGAUACCCCACGGAGAUUUAUGCAUCACAGAGAUUUACAGUGGGACUCACCACGGAGCACAAGAAAGCAACACACACUUUGCUGAAACAAAACAAGAGACCACACAAAGCCACAGAAUUCCUCCUAAAGUGAUAGCCACCCCUAAAGUGAUCGUGACAGAUGAGGCUGGUGUCAGAGGGGUGGCAGAAGAAGGGCCAGGUGCCAUGGUUGAGCUGCAGGUGUCCCUCUCAAAUGACGCCCACAAGGCCACCAGUGCUCCUGCUGUGACUCUCCUGGGGGCAGAGAAGUUCCCCCCUUCAAGCAGAGGCCCCAGUGCACAGCAGGGUGGGAGCAGCCCCCUCAUCGCAGUUCCCCUGGCUGUGAAGGAGGGCAACAUCCAGUGGUCAAACAAAGUAGUCCACUUUUCUAGCAGCAAGGAGGUCAAGAGGAUCCAAGGUGCAGCUCCAUCUAUCCCCAGGGUGGAGGUGAUCCUGGACUGCUCAGACAGGGAGCAGGAAGCGCCCAGGUCUCCAUCUGAAAGGGGGUGUGUUGAUUCUCAAGUGGAAGGAGGGCAGUCAGAAGCACCUCCUUCCCUCCUCUCCUUUGCAAUCUCAGCAGAAGGCACAGUGCAGGGAGAAGACAGCAAGCACUCGGAAAAGGAGCACAGACCUCUCAAGCACAGGGCAAGGCACGCAAGGCUCCGACGAAGCGAGAGCCUGUCGGAGAAGCAGGUGAAAGAGGCCAAAUCUAAAUGUAAAAGCAUUGCACUGCUGCUGACAGCAGCUCCCAACCCCAAUUCCAAGGGGGUGUUGAUGUUCAAGAAGCGCCGCCAAAGGGCGAGGAAAUACACUUUAGUCAGCUACGGGACUGGGGAGUUGGAACGUGACGAGGACGAGGAGGAAGAGGGUGAAGGUGAAGAGGGGGACAAGGAAAACACUUUUGAGGUGAGUUUGCUUGCAACAAGUGAGUCAGAAAUAGAUGAAGAUUUUUUCUCUGACAUUGACAAGGACGGCAAGAUCGUGACAUUUGACUGGGACAGUGGUCUGCUCGAGGUGGAAAAGAAGACAAAAAGUGGAGAGGAGAUGCAGACACUUGCAGACAGCACAGGGAAAGGGGCCCUCAUGUUUGCCAAGAGGCGGCAGAGGAUGGAUCAGAUUACGGCAGAGCAAGAGGAGCUGAAGGCAAGCACAGUGCAGACAGAGGAGCACAGGGAAAGCACCGUGACAGAGAACUUCCAGAAAGUGAGCUCGUCUGUCUAUCAGUCAAAAGAGGAGGAAAUGUCAAGACAGCAGAGUUGUGUGAGCAAAAGUUACACAGACGUGAGCCAGAAUCACAGCAAAGUGGUACAACAAAAUGGCUUUGGCUUAGCACCUGGCACAAACCUCUCUUUUCAGUCCUCUGGAACUCAAAAGGCAGCAUCUUUGAAUAAAACAGCAAAACCCUUCCCUUCUGGAGUUCAAAACCGAGCAGCUGCACCAUUUUCACCUGUAAGAAAUGUCACCAGUCCCCUUUCAGAUGCAGCAGCACCACCUCCUUACUGCUCUGUCAGCCCACCAGCUGAGGCUUUCUACAGACCUGUCUCAGCUCCUGUGGCCAGCAAGGCUGCCCCGCCCGCGUGGGCAGCCACGGAGCCCACGGAACACAUCGCGUCCAGGGAUGAAAGGAUUGCCGUGCCAGCCAAAAGAACUGGGAUAUUGCAGGAGGCAAAGAGAAGAAGCACUUCCAAACCCAUGUUCAAUUUCAAGGAUGCACCCAAAGUAAGUCCUAAUCCUGCCCUGUUGUCCCUUGUACACAAUGCAGAAGGCAAAAAAGGGACCGGAGCUGGUUUCGAGUCAGGACCCGAAGAAGACUACCUCAGUUUGGGAGCAGAAGCUUGCAAUUUCAUGCAGACUCAAGCAUCUAAACAAAAGGCCCCUCCUCCUGUUGCUCCAAAGCCUUCACUCAAGGUGCCUCCUUCUGCUAGUUCUCCAGUUUCACCGGUUUGGUCACCUUCAGCUGCGGCUUCCAACAAGCCUCCCUCUUUCCCGGCACCAGCCUCACCUCAGGCAGCGUAUCCUGCACCACCCAAAUCUCCACAGUAUCCUCAUUCUCCCAUCCAUCCCCCAAGCACUCUCGACCUUGCUGGUCCUUUCAAAGGGCCUCAGGCCAGCCUGGCGAGUCCAAACCUUGCCCCCAAGGCAACACCAGUCACCCCAAGCUCUGGAGAAACAAAGCCUCCCUUCGAAAUGCCACCAGCUAUGAGUGGGAAAGGAGCACAGCUGUUUGCCAGGAGGCAUUCCCGAAUGGAGAAGUAUGUGGUGGAUUCAGAGACUGUGCAGGCAAACAUGGCACGAGCAGCAUCUCCAACUCCAUCUUUACCAGCUUCUUGGAAAUACUCAUCUAAUGUCCGAGCACCUCCACCCGUCGCUUAUAAUCCCAUCCACUGCCCAUCUUACCCUCCUGCUGCUACCAAGCCUUCCUCUAAAGCCCCUGCUGCUACCAAAAACACAAAAAGAAAACCUAAGAAAGGUCUCAAUGCUUUGGAUAUCAUGAAACAUCAACCUUAUCAACUCGAUCCAUCUUUAUUUACUUUCCAGCCUCCUAAGGAAAGCCUUGCCCUGAAGCAGACAUCGAAGCUGUCCCCUUCAAAGCAAACACUGCCUUUACCCAGCUACCUUCCACCUGGUGCUGGCUCUCCCACGAGGGCCCGGCCCUCCUCGGUGUACUCCGUGCCAGCCUAUGGGUCCCAGCCUUCGUUCCCGUCCAACGCCUCUCUCCCAGGGAAUGAAUCAUUUUCACCCACGGGCUACUCUGUCUUUUCUAAGCCAGAAACCACCACAUCCUCUUUGUUUACUGCUCCGAGGCCAAAAUUUUCAGCCAAGAAAGCUGGUGUCACUGCACAGGUCACUGGCCGCUCACUAUCGCUUCCUGGGAGACCUUCUUCAUUCAUCCCUCGAGCCAUGUCUCCUACUUCUCCUCUUGUAUUUCAGCCUGCCCCUGACUACUUCAGCAAGCCAGACACAGCAGCUGACAAGCCUGGCAAGAGACUGACUCCCUGGGAAGCAGCAGCCAGAUCUCCCCUUGGCCUAGUGGAUGAAGCUUUUGGCCCCCAAAGCAUGCAGGAAUCCGUUGCUGCUAACGUGGUGUUGGCUGCUCGCAGGAAAACGCUUCCUGAGCCACCAGAUGAAUGGAAACUUAAAGUUUCUUAUGAGCCCCCAGCCCCGAGUGGUAGCGUAGCCUCACUGGGAGGGAAGCAAUCAGGAGUUCUAUCACCCCAAAAAAGCUCCCUGUCUGCCCCAAGUGCCCCCCAGGCUGGCCCUAAGCUGCAGUAUCCCUACUGCACUCAGCGCUCCACAACGGAUCCCGAUAUAAUGUCCAUGGAUUCCAGGUCUGACUAUUGCUUGUCAACAGCUGAUUCAAACUACAAUCCACAGCCAAGGGGAUGGAGGCGUCCAACAUGA